AUGGGCCGCAGAAAAAUCGAAAUCAGAGCUAUAAAGGAUGAUCGCAAUCGUUCGGUGACAUUCCUCAAGCGAAAAGGCGGCCUCUUCAAGAAGGCUUACGAGCUGUCGGUCCUAUGUUCUGUCGACGUCGCAGUGAUCAUUUUCGGCCACAACAAGAAGCUCUACGAGUUCUCUUCGGGAGAUAUCAAUGAAACAAUACGGCGAUACCAAUAUUAUGGACAACCUCACGAACACAAGGGGCCGGCCGACUUCAAGAACAAAGGUGGUGAUGAUGACGACGAUGAGGACGAGGAGGAAGAACACCUUACCCAGGGCCGGGAAGAAUCUCUCCCUCCUCAACAACACGCGGUGCCUCAUAUGCAGCCCCAUAACUCGUUUGCGCAUAUUCAACCACCCAUGGCUACCGCCUCACCUCCAAUGCCUAAUGGCAUGUUUCAACCUCGACACGCCACUCCUCAGCCUCCGCAUAUGAUAUCUAGACCGGCAUCUCAGAAUAUGAUCCGUCGCAGUAGUUCCAAUCUUAUUCCCGUGCAACAUCCUCACCCAACUCCCCCUCCGCCUCAAAACGGGUUUGCUUAUGUACCAAAUCCGUCCGUCUACAAUCCCCAAGCGGCUCCUUCAGUGGCUCCUCAACCGUCGCCACAGCCUCCCUUUCAACAAUAUCCUCCUCAACCGCACCACCACCAACAUGCGCAACAUCAGCAACAACACCACCAACAGCAGCAGCAGCACCCUCAUCCCACACCUCCUCCGCCGCCGCCGCAAUCACAUCAGCAAAUGCAGCAAGCCCAUCAACAGUACUUGCAGGAACAAAGACGGUCAUCUCAACCUCCGCCAGUCGCACAACCCGGUCUUCAACCUCCACCCCAGCCGCAACCACGAGCUUCACCCCAACCUGAUGCACAAAGUUUGCGGCCCCCAGAACAAUCUAGUCCACCCCAACCUAAACACGGUCAGUCGAAAUCCAGAAGCAUCUUCACCCCAAUAGAUGAGGGGGGAUCGGUGCUGGCACAGCAUUUCUUUGGCGCACCAGAUCCUCCAAGGACUUUCCCAAAGAAAGAAGUCGAGUCGCCGCCCGAUAUCAAGCCGCCACCGCGCAGUGUUACUGUGCCUUCUGUCCCCCGGCCAACCUCUCAACCCAGCAGACCCCAAACCGCUGUUCCCGAAUUUGCUCCUCCACCGCGGACAGAUACAUCAGGGUCCAGGUCGGGAGGACGACCCAAACUAAACCUACAGAUUCCCUCUGAGGCGGAGGACAACGAGUCAGCGGCAGGAGGGUCUCCUUCGCAAUCGGCUGGACCAUCAGCAAAUCCAGCCAGGGCCAAUGCCGACCAUAUCGUCCUACCACCGCCUUCACCUAGUGCGUCCGCGGUCAUGUCGGCUGGUACAAGUGGACCUCCCAAUCCCUUUGCUCGUCCUCCUCCUCCGACCUCGAACCAAAACCGCGAUGCGUAUAACGACAAUCGCAACAACAUUGAAACCCCGAUAUCCGCGUUGCCCAGUCGGUACAUGAAUAACGAUCUGUUGCCCAGUCCGAGCAAUUUCUUCAGCGAGUGGUACGAGUCCGGUAGAAACGGCGGUCUUAAUUCGGCCGUUUUACCCAGCCCGCUUGUGUUUCCGACUCCACAGGAUUCUAAGGGAAUCGGGUUCGGUGGGCGUGAUGGAGGGGGAAAUGAAGCAAAUGGCGAGAAACGAAAGGGAAGCGUGGAUCUGUCAGAGAAAGAGGGAGACGCGAAGAAGGUCAAAACGUGA